AUGGCCAAAAGCGCGCCCGACGAGUCGCGGAAGGCGACAUCAAAGCUCGACAAUCACGACGUUACGAACGAGAAUGCCAGCACAGAGAGGAAACACAAGUCAGAGUCUAAAGACAAAAUGAAGCGCAAGUCAUCCAGCGAAAACGGUGACGAUGAAGCUUCGAAGAAGAAGCGCCGACACGACGAAACCGAGGCCGCCGACGAAUCUUCGCAAAAGAAGAAGAAGACGAAGAAGCGUGUUUCCUUCGGACCGGGCACAAAGACAAAAGACGCCGAGGACUCGAGUGAUAGCGAUAAUGAUGCCGGCGACGAGGCCGAGGUUGACAACAACACCGCCGAGGCCCCGGAGGAGAAAGAGCAUGAGAAAGCCCUUGAGGAUAUGAAGAAGCGCAAACGCGAGAAGAAGAAAGAGAGGAAGAGCGGAGCCGCCACCACCACCACCACACAGGUCCACGAGACGCCUAUCCUCUCCUACCUGAACUGGUAUCAUCGGGACCGGGCUUCCUGGAAAUUCCAAAAGAACCGCGAAUCGAAUAUCUUCAAGCAUCUCUACUCAUUGGAGCAUGUACCCGCCGCCUACAACGUUGCCCUCCUGGUCUACUUGCAGGGGUUGAAGGGCGAGGCGUCGAAGAUGCGUUUAAGUCAAGGAGCAGCGGAAGUCAUGUCUGUUGAUAAAGAGGUUGAGGCGGAUGAAGAGUACCAUCAGGCCGUGGAUGGCUUCAGGGAAUAUUUGACUGCGGGCAGCGAGGAUAUUGGUGCUUCCGAUUCCGUGGAGCAAUUUGAGGGCGAGAUUCGCAAACGUCUUCAAAAGAGACAGCGUGCGGAGCUUGUCUUCUUCGCAGUCACGGGCAAGCUGUACAUUGGCCAGAAGCCCAUGCCGCCGCAAAAGCAAGAGCCCCCACAACCGAAGAAGCGCAAGAACAGAACUGUCGUUGUCGAUAUUUCGAGCAGCAGUGAGAGUGACGGUGAUAGCGACAACGAAAAGUCGUCAUCCAAGAAGAAGAAGGCAGCCAAGGCUAAGAAGGCGAAUAACGGCGACGAUUCUACAAGCAGCAGCGGAAGCGACUCUUCCAGCAGUGAUAGUGACAACGCUCCCCCUCGCAAGAAGGCAGCAAAGGCCAAGCCUGCGCCUCCAACACCUGAACCCAAAAAGCCCGAGCCACCUGCCCCAAGCAAGAACAAGAAGAAGCAGAAGCGGAAGAUGAGAACUGCUCAGAUUGAGAUCUCGAGCAGCGAGAGUGAUAGCGAUUAA